UAUAAAGCAAGCGAGCUCCUCAUAUGUCCAUAAUUUAACAUUGACAUGGAAUGAUGGAACCAGAAGAAGACAUCCACAUCUCCGACAGCGCCGCCGCCGAUCCACCGCCGCGUGGGCCCAGGCCCAUAUGCAACAACUGCACCCGACCCGGCCCGGUCUGUCUCUGCCACUCUCUCCCGGCCCAGCCCAUCAAAACCCAGACCCAAAUCGUAAUCCUCCACCACCCCCACGAAGCCAAUCACAAGCUCUCCACAACCCCAAUCCUCACCAAAUGCCUCUCCAACUCCACCGCCAUUGUUGCGCGCAAGCUCAAGCCAGGCCUCUCCCCGCUCCUCGACCAAUCACCGCCCGCCAUCUACCUCUUCCCCCAAACCAAAGCCUCACCCGCCGUCAGCCUAUCAGACCUCCCCAGCUCACCCGUCUCCAAACACUCCCCUCUGGUGCUUAUCGCCUUCGACGCCACGUGGAAGCAUGCCAGGGAGAUGGUCAAAGCCAGCGAGGGGUUUUUGUCGACGUUUGCGAGCAGGGUUUGUUUGGAUGUGGAUGAGAGUGCGAGUGGUGGGAGCAUUUACGACUCGGAGUUGGUUUUGCGGAAAGAGCCGUUUGGUGGGUGCGUGAGUACCAUGGAGGCUGUGGCCAGGGCCUUGGGUGUGAUUGAGCCCAAUGGGGCCGAGAUUGAGGCCAGGCUUAUAAGGGUUUUGAGGGACAUGGUGGCUUCGCAGGCCCGGUAUCUUAAGACGCCCGCAAAGCCCAGGCCCAAGUUGUUGAAGAAAGGCAAGGAGAAACAGUGGCUCAAGAAUGAAAGUAAGAGUGAGAGUGUGGGCGAGAGUGACCCGAUAUCGGGUCACGGGCAACUUUAGGCCCGCACCCGAGUCCAAGCCCGUCGGUAAAUUGGGCUGACCCGCCACUCUUGUGUAAAAGUGUUUUCUUAUUCGAACCAUCCCAAUUUUUGGUACCUUUUUUUUUUUUUUUUCCUUGAACUGAAAAUGUAUUGGAUCAAAGAAAA